AUGUCUUCAACUUCUGCUAGUCUCACAAACAGUUGUGCUCAGUGUGGUCGAUUAGAGAAUGAUGACACCGGAAAAGAUCGUGGCGAUGCAGCAUCUAUAGGGUCUGAUAAUGGUGAAAAUUCUUCUACGUUUCGUAUCUGUUGUAUUGGCGCUGGUUACGUGGGUGGUCCAACUUGUGCCAUUAUAGCGUCAAAAUGUCCACAUAUUAUUGUUACCGUUGUUGAUAUAUCAUCCGAAAGAAUAGCGGCUUGGAAUUCGGAUUCAUUACCCUUGUUUGAGCCGGGUCUCGAAGCAAUAGUAAAAAAAAUUCGUAAUCAUAAUUUAUUUUUUUCUACGGAUACAAAAAAAGCCAUACAAGAAGCCGAUUUAAUAUUUAUUAGCGUGAAUACUCCAACAAAAUCAUAUGGUUUUGGAAAUGGUCGUGCACCUGAUUUGAGAUAUGUUGAAGAAGCGGCCCGUCAUAUUGCCGAAACAGCCACCACUAGUAAAAUUGUUGUUGAAAAGUCAACUGUACCUGUGAAAGCAGCCGAAUCUAUCAAAACAAUUUUAAAAACAAACAAACAACGCGGAGUAUCCUACCAGGUAUUAUCAAAUCCAGAAUUUUUAGCUGAAGGUUCAGCUAUACAUGAUUUAUUAGCACCAGAUCGUGUUCUAAUUGGAGGUGAUGAUUCUGUUGAAGGCUCACUAGCCGUUAAAAAACUCAGUUGGGUAUAUGAACAUUGGGUACCAAAAGAGAAGAUUUUAACCACAAAUACAUGGUCAUCAGAAUUAUCAAAAUUGGCAGCAAAUGCAUUCCUUGCCCAACGUAUAUCAAGUAUAAAUACAAUAUCAGCUGUGUGUGAAGCAACAGGUGCCAAUGUUGCCGAAGUAGCGAAAGCUAUUGGACUUGAUUCAAGGAUAGGACCAAAAUUUUUGAAUGCAAGUAUAGGUUUUGGCGGUAGUUGUUUCCAAAAAGAUGUAUAUAAUUUGAUUUAUUUGGCUGAAUCUCUCUAUCUGGAACCAGUUGCUGAAUAUUGGUUACAAGUAAUUAAAAUAAACGAUUGGCAACGUCAAAGAUUCGCUCAAACAAUUGUACAAAAUUUAUUCGGAAGUGUUAGUGGUAAAAAAUUAGCUAUUUAUGGUUUUGCAUUUAAAAAUAAUACGGCAGAUACAAGAGAAUCUUCGAGUAUUUGUGUAUGUGGAUAUUUAUUAGCCGAAGGAGCAUCAUUAUCAAUCUAUGAUCCUAAAGUAACAUCUGAACGAAUAUUCUUAGAUUUAAGCGAACAAACAGGAAAAACAGAAAAAGAUUUACAUGCCCAUGUAACAAUAGCCAAUGAUGCGUAUGAUGCAGCAAAAGAUGCACAUGCUAUCGUUAUUUGUACCGAAUGGGACGAAUUUAAGGCUAAUUAUGAAUUAAUUUAUAGUACCAUGAAAAAGCCUUCAUUUAUUUUUGAUGGUCGUCUUGUAUUAGAUCAUGAUUUAUUGAUAUCGAUUGGUUACAAUGCGGGAGUGAACGAUGAUCAAGAAAAUUCGAGUGAUGAAAACGAUAAUGAACAAGAAUAUCGAACAUUAACAGAUAGCGAAGAAGAAUAA